CACGUCUUCAUUUAAAUGUCUGUGUUCCCUUCUCAAUCCAACAGUUGUGACUGAAGGCUAUGCUCAGAAAACCGACUAAAAAGAUGAGAUCAUUACAACACGGGAGAGAGGAAGAAUUCACAGCCUCCAAAAACAAAGAAGUUAAAAACCGACAGGAGAGUCCAAACGUUUAGCCCUUUCAAAUAAACGUCACCCUUCAUACUGUCUGUUGCAAGACGAGCAGCCCGCUUGCUGUGUUCAAGCGCUGCAGUAAAGUCAACUGGGUUCCACACCAGUACACCUCCUUCCUGACUGGAUCCCACAGCAGUGCACCUGCAGGAACUAGAUAUCAUUUGGCCCCUAAGAGUCCACGCUAAUCUCCCACUGCGCGGAGACCAGCCUCCUCAUCUGCUAGCUGCGCUGGCUGAAGCUGUGCACAUGGGUGAGGUACUGUUUGAGACCCUCCUCCCCUUCGUCUUCCAGGUGUUGCUGGUAGCACUGGAGCAGCUUGGCGGCACUGGCCUCCGACGGGACCUCGCCAGCCGGCAGACAGGCCCCCGACAUGUCCAGGAUGAUGGAGGUCAAGGCCUUGAUGUAGUUCUUUGCCAGCGUCAGUGUCUCAAUCUUGGACAGCUUUUUGUCCGUCUUUACGUGAGGGAUGGCCUCACGUAACGCUUGGAAGGCGUUGUUGAGUUUGUGCAUGCGCUGGCGUUCCCGCUCGUUGCUCUCCAGACGUCGGAUGCUGCGCUCCUUUGUGGUGGAACCGUGCUGCCGGCGUCGACGACCUCCUCUCGAUCCUCCCUGCCGCUUGCCCUCCCGGCUCCUCAAGGAACCUCUCCAGGAGCACCCAAUCCGCACGGAGGCCUCAGAACCCUCCUGCUCACUGGAGCCAGGUUCCGGUUCUGUGUCUGCUUCAAGUUCUGGCUCCGGGUCAGACCAGGAUGGUUUCACAGCUUUUCCCUUGGACUUCAUUCUGCUUCCUGCUUCUUUACCGGUUUCUCCAAAGAUGUCACAGCUUCAGUGGGCCUACAAGGUGAUGAGAAGAUGUCAUGGUGCACCAUAUCAUGUCAAAUGGAGGUAGAGUAUGGAUUCCAGACCAAAACAAAAUACAAGCAUGUCCAUAACUGUAACAGUUAAACAGAGUGACACACUAUUGAACCCUUCAAGGGGCAAUAAUGUACUUUUUGGGGGAGAGUAAUCCCCUCUGUGGAUCUCUUCAUCAUAGCAUUAAUGUACCUUUACCAAGGCCAAUACGUUCCCCACUCUAUAGGUGAAAAAGCCCCCCUUUCCAAUUCAAACAGCCUUGCAUCCUGUGCAUAUCUAAUCAGUCUGUUGCAGUGUGAAAACUCCAUGAUGUCGGCCUGUGAAUGCACGCCUGGCUUAUCCUCUCCUGCUCCUGAGAUAGUGGUCCAUGUCAAGAAAGCGGGGCCUUGCCGUCAUCAUCAUGAGAAGUGCAUGAGAAGAGUGUGGCUGCGCAUCGUGGUCGUGCCGCGGACACACGCACAUCCACGCAGAUGUCAGUGUCACAUGUGUGAGACCUGAAAGCUGGAUGAUGUACACGUAGCUCUCCUCAGCCAAUCGGGUGGUGCUGCCGCAAUGAAUCCAGGAGAGGAUGCAGUCUCAUUGGUCCAUUCACUCAACAUUUUCCAGCAGGAAGACGCAUUGGCAAGACGUGAAGUGACUGAAUGAUCUGUAUAUAAGUCGGUGCGCAGACGCCGACAGGCCGCACUGCAGUGAGCAGAUUGAUCUGAGCGAAUCCUCUCAUACCUCAAGUUAAAGAUGGCAUUUGCCGGAAUCCUGAACGACUCUGACAUCACUGCAGCCCUUGCUGCUUGCCAAGCUGCCGACUCCUUCAAACACAAGGAGUUCUUUGCCAAGGUCGGCCUGGCUGCCAAGUCCGCAGAUGACAUCAAGAAGGCCUUUGCUGUUAUUGACCAGGACAAGAGCGGCUUCAUCGAGGAGGAUGAGCUCAAGCUGUUCCUGCAGAACUUCUCUGCUGGCGCCAGAACUUUGACUGACAAAGAGACCAAGGAGUUUCUCCAGGCCGGUGACACUGACGGCGACGGCAAGAUCGGAGUUGAUGAGUUUUCUGCUCUGGUCAAGUGUUAAAGAAGAAGAACGCUGACCAACAUCUAACUUGACAUCUCCGAACGGAACAAUAUGAGCCAACAUAUUCUCUUCUUCUCUCUCUCUCUCUCUCUCUCUCUCUCGACCCUUUUGAAAGUUUUAUACAUGUGACCUUUGACCUCGGAAACCAAAUCAAGCCCGCUGACCGUAGCUGACCGUAGUGUGUGGCGUGGUUGUGUGUCUUUCACUUUCUCUUUCUCUCUCUCACACAAACUAACACUUCUGUCGUCGUCGUGGUUGUACUGUGAGUUUUGUUGCCGAUGGUGCACUUUUAGGGCAAACGGACGGACGAUGAGAAAACAAUAAAAGUUAUUUUACAAUA